AUGCUCUCUCGCAGCGACUUUGUGUUGGCCUGCAGCGCGUUUGCUCGCCGCCAUCCGCAGUGGUUCUGGGCUGAUAACCAUCGUCCAGGAUAUGGUUUCCUAUUUCGCACAACCACCCAUGUUUUCAAGGGCACCCAGCCUUCUACCGUCAUGCUCGAAUUAGAAGGCGUAGAGGAGUUGGGGCUUGAAGCGGAUGAUAUUGCAUCUGCUCACCCGGCGCCUCCUUCCCUGUCUGUGCAAGAGUACAUUGUUUACUCUGCGUCUUUCAAUGUACCUGCCUUUUAUUUUACAAUUCAUGAACCCAACGGUUCACCUCUGUCUCUGAAUCAAAUAUUGCAGACAACGUUGUUUAAAAUGGAGUUGCCGGACGGAGCGGAGGCGACCACCUUCGCUCUUUCUGCUCCCUCACAGCCGUUUCCCCUUUUGUCGCAAGGAGAACACCCGACUCUGGGUACUCCGUGCUGGUAUUUUCAUCCCUGUGCAACCGAUGCUGCUGUGGCUGAGUUCAUGACAGAAGUUGAGCAGGCUGAUUGGAAUGCGGAGACACGGCUUCUCCGAUGGAUGGAGCUCUGGUUCAUGAUCGUUGGCGCUUUCCGCCAUAUUCAUUUGAAAUAUAAAGGCGGAAUGCUCUUAUCGCGAUUUACAUCCUCUUCUUCCCGUAUACUUACCCCAUCGCUUGCUCGUGCCAUGUCCAACGAAGUUGUCAUCGUCUCUGCCUCCCGUACUCCCGUCGGCUCCUUCAAUGGUGCCCUCAAGUCGUUCACCGCUACCCAGCUUGGGACAAUUGCUCUCAAAGAUGCUAUCGCAAAGGCCAACAUCGACGCUUCAGUUAUCGAGGAGGUGUAUUUCGGAAAUGUAGUCCAGGCCGGUGUCGGUCAAUCACCUGCCCGCCAAGUCGCUCUCAAUGCUGGUCUCGAUAUCACUUCGGAUGCCACCACAAUUAACAAGGUGUGCGCCAGUGGAAUGAAGUCGAUCAUUCUUGCUGCACAGGCCAUUAAGCUUGGCGACCGAUCUGUUGUUGCAGCUGGAGGCAUGGAGAGCAUGAGUAACGCUCCCUUCCUCAUCCCCCGUCAAAACCCUACUUUUGGCAAGUUCACUGCCAUCGAUUCUCUCGAAAACGACGGACUUUGGGAUGUCUACAACAACUUCGCUAUGGGCAAUUGCGGAGAGAGCUCCGCCGUAAAACAUGGCAUCUCCCGCGAAUCUGCUGAUUCCCAUGCUCUUGAAUCUUAUGCUCGUGCUGCUCGCGCUUGGAAGGCCGGAGCUUUCGAUGCUGAGCUUGUCCCCAUCACCAUCAAGGGCAAAAAGGGUGACAUUGUAGUGAAAGAGGAUGAGGAAUACAAGAAAGUUCUCCCAGAAAAGGUCCCAACUCUGCGAUCUGCGUUCAAGCAGGGAGGUAUCAUCACCGCCGCCAAUUCUUCCCCUCUCAGUGACGGUGCUUCCGCCCUCAUCCUCAUGUCUGCAUCCAAGGCUGAAGAGCUCGGUUUGAAGCCUCUUGCUAAGGUUGUCUCAUGGGCCGAUGCCGGAACUCUUCCCAUCGACUUCCCUGAGGCUCCCACGAAGGCCCUCCCAAUUGCCUUGAAGAAGGCUGGUUUGACUGUUGAUGACAUUGCCCAAUUCGAGCUGAAUGAAGCUUUCUCCGUGGUGGUUCGCGUUGCUGAGAAAGUCUGCAAUAUUGACCCUGCCAAGAUUAACAUCAACGGUGGUGCCGUCUCCCAUGGACAUGCUAUUGGAAACUCGGGAUCACGUAUCAUCGUAUCUCUUACUCACUCGCUGAAAUCAGGGGAAUAUGGCGCUGCUGGUAUCUGUAAUGGGGGCGGUGCUGCAUCUGCUUUGGUCAUUCAAAAACUAUAA